CGCCCACAAGUGCCGCCCACUUUUCGCGCAGAGUCCCGCACAUUGGGCUGCGGUAUAUUCUCAUCCGAGAGCCGCUCAUCUUCAUACUGGUUCGAUUUGCCCUAGAAACAAAUGCAGCUUUGGAACGAUUACUUUAUUCCUCAUUUGGUUUGACGUAGCGAACUAACGUAGGAAGGAAUGUUAAGGGAUGGCCGGCUAUAUUCUCGGGAAUGAAUAUUGUCUAUCGUAGCCUACUCAUGGCGUAUCAGCAAACUGUCAUCUUCCAAUCUUCCAUCCUAUCCGUGAUGUUUUGACAUAUCGAUGCGUCGUUUGAAUGUGCAACAGGCUCCCGCCAUAUAUUCAUGCGGUUUAUGGAGACGACGGGGCAUCAAAGGGAGGAUGUGUCCUAUGCUCUACACAUAUUUGCUUGUAGUCGUUACAAAUAUAACCAUUUAUUAACGUUGCUCACUUACGACCAUGACACACUGAAUGGUGUCUUUGAUCUAUACACAACUGGACCGCACUUCAAUUUGGCGAAGUCAUUUUUUGUAGAAGUUUGUGUCAGAUUAUAAGGGAAUUUAAAAUGUCAACGCAAGUAACGGGGAGGAAAAGAAUUCCCAACCGGGAGAAACUAUCGGCGGAGGAUGAUUCUCUCAGUCAUAUAGCUCGAGAGGCGGAGGCAAGACUGGCAGCUAAACGGGCAGCCCGGGCAGAAGCCAGAGAAAUCCGAAUGAAGGAAUUGGAGAGGCAACAGAAGGAGGAGGACAGUGAGCGGUAUUCCCGCCACUCUCUGAGACAUGCCUCGAUAUCAGAUGAUGAAGAGCGGAUCUCGGUUGGCAGUCGGGGCAGUUUGAGGGGCAACCACACAGAUCUCUGCAACAGCUGCAGCAGCAGUCUGCCUACAGCCAGACUACAAAAUGGACGGCCCUCUGCACUUUUUAGUGAAAUCCCCCGUUCAAGAAGUCACAGGGGGUCACUACAUGAAGAGAGCUCAUACUCUGCCACUAGGCGUUUCAGUGGCUCCAGCGCUAGAGGCCCUUCAGACUACAAUGGCUUUCUGGGUUCCAGUUCCAGGGCCUCAUCUAGGGCUAGUUCAGCCCGUGCCAGUCCAGUGGUGGAGGAAAGGUCAGAUUUCCUGGAAAAGGGGUCCAGGACAGCCUCCACCCUCUCUGCUGCAACUCUGGCAUCUCUGGGUGGAGGUUUAUCACGAAGAGGAAGCUGUGAUACUUCGAUUUCAGCUGACACUGAGGCCUCCAUACGGGAAAUGAAGGACUCCCUUGUGGAGGUGGAGGAGAAGUACCGUAAGGCAAUGGUGUCCAAUGCUCAGCUGUACAAUGAGAAAACAAACCUAAUGUAUCAGGUGGACACAUUGAGAGACACUCUGAUGGAGCUGGAGGAACUUCUGUGUGAGACACGCAGAGAGUGUGAGGAGAAAACCAGAGACUUCGAGCGAGAGCAUCAUGCCCACAGUGUCCUGAAGUUCCAGUUUGAGGAGAUGAAGGAAACACUGAGGCAGAGUGAAGAGUUGCUGACGGUAACCCAACAGUCUCGUGGGAAGCAGGCGGACUAUAUUAGAGAGAUCGCUGACUUGCAAGAAACAUUGGAAUGGAAAGAUAAAAAGAUCCAGGCCUUAGAGAGGCAGAAGGAAUAUUCAGACAUUAUCCAUGAUGAACGCGAGGCACUCAGGGACGAGGUUUACCGGCUUAGGGAUGCUCUAAAGAAACAUGGCAUUGUGCUGGGAUCUAAGGUGAUAGCCAAUGGGGAGGUAGCAGACGGGACGAUUGAUGGGCAUGCGGAUGUGGAAACAGCCUCCAGAUUGAAUCAAGACUCUCAAAUGAGUGGAGACAGCGUGUUAGAGAUCAGAUUGAGGAAGUUGGUGGAAGAGAGAGAGAGUUUGCUCGACCAGGUACGGAAGUAUAAAACCAUUGGAGAGCAGAAACAAAAGAAUGGGACAGAAGAAGCAGGAAUCACAGAUGAGGAUGACCUACAGAAUGGUCUGGACCCUCAUAUUCUAGAUCUGCAGAGAGAUGCUAACAGGCACAUCAGUGACCUAAAAUUCAAGCUGGUCAAGUCUGAGCAAGAAGUCACAGCACUUGAACAAAAUAUCAUUCGGCUGGAGGGUCAGGUGAGCCGCUAUAAAACGUCUGCUGAGGCUGCAGAGAAAGUCGAAGAUGAACUAAAAGUGGAGAAACGCAAGCUGCAGAGAGAGCUGAGGUCUGCACUUGACCGUAUCGAUGAGCUGGAAGCAAGCAACAGCCACCUUACGAAGAGACUAGAGAAGAUGAAGGCCAAUCGGAGUGCCCUUUUGGCACAGCAGUGACGCCCAUCUGUGCCCAUUCUGCAGUCAGGGGCAUGAUUCCCAUCUAGCACCAAUGAUCUGCCACCCUUAUAAAACUAAAACAUGUAUCAAUAUCAUAUCAAAUAAGCCCAAUCAUUAUCAUCCUAAUUGAAAGUAAAUAUGGCUGACAGGCAUGAACAUCAAACUUCAUUUGUCUUCUAGUGGGAGUCCAAGAGGCGGACAUAUCAACAACUCUAACUGAGGCUCAUCAAAGUGACUUUUGGUUUGGAUUAGCAGAAUUUAGGCCUUCAAUGAGGUCUCAAAAUGUUUUGACUGGUUACGGAUCUCUAAGUCUACAAACCAACUCACCACAGGAAGAGCACAGUUAUGGCAGCAUGUUCCUUUAUGGUAGCAUGUUAGUUAUGUAAUCCAGUGGUGAGGGACAUUGAAUAAUCUUAGCAGACCGUGCACUUUAUCCAUUCCAGUACUCAAAUUUUGUGUUAUGUGGAAACUGUAACUUACAGUGCCCGUAAAGUGACUUGUUCGGUUUACUUAGUUUUGUCGUGGCCACGACAUAAUAACUCGUGGGAACGUGAUAAUAUGUCAUGGCCACGAGAUAUUAAUUUGUGGGAACGUCAUAUUAACUCGUGGGAAUGUCAUAUUAUGUCGUGGCCAUGAGAUCAUUUUGUCGAGGUAAGGACAUCCUUAUGUCGUGGCCUCGAGAUGCUAUGUUGAGGGAACAACAUCCAUUUCUCGUGGCCACGACUUCUUAUAAUGAGGGAACGACAUGUUUUUCUCGUGGUCACGAGUUUAAUGCGUAAACAAACCUGUGUGACCAUAGCAACCCAGGAUUAUCAGAGAUGGAUUCAUUCAUAUUUUAUUUUGAAUUACGAAAUUAUUAUAUUAUUUAUACAUAUGAAAUUUAUAUAUUUACAUUAUGACAUUUUAUGUUAAUGUCGAGCAUUUACAGUACGCUAUUAUUUACAAAAAUAUUCAGAAU